AGGCUGAUAUCCAGAAGAUGGACCCUCUCGACAACGCCACCGAUUUUAACGCCACAAACGGGACGAACGUGUCCGCCAACUUCAGCGACGCCUUCAACCAGUUCAUCCAGCCGGUGUGGCAGAUCACACUGUGGGCUGUCGCUUAUUGCAGCAUCGUUGCGGUGUCUGUGGUCGGCAACGUGGUGGUUAUCUGGAUUAUUCUGGCGCAUAAACGCAUGAGAACCGUCACCAACUACUUUCUGGUGAACCUGGCCUUUGCAGAAGCCGCCAUGUCAGCGUUCAACACGGUGAUCAACUUUACCUACGCCGUUCACAACGAGUGGUACUUUGGUUUGGCGUACUGCCGUUUCCACAACUUCUUCCCCAUUGCAGCCAUAUUUGCCAGCAUUUACUCCAUGACGGCCAUAGCGCUGGACAGAUACAUGGCUAUUAUCCAUCCCCUGCAGCAGAGGCUGACCUCUACAGAGACCCGUGUGGUGAUCGGUGUGAUCUGGAUACUGGCUCUGCUUCUGGCCUUCCCUCAGUACUACUUCUCGUCCACCGCCGUGCUGCCUGGACGUACCGUCUGCUACAUAGAGUGGCCUGAAUACACCACCGUGGACUUCAAGAAGAUAUACUAUGUUUGCGUGACACUCCUGAUCUACUUCCUGCCCCUUGGCAUCAUGGGAUGUGCAUACACGACCGUGGGCGUUACCCUCUGGGCAAGUGAGAUUCCUGGAGACUCGUCUCAACACUACAAAGAGCAGCUUAUUGCAAAACGCAAGGUGGUGAAGAUGAUGAUUGUGGUGGUGUGUACCUUCGCUGUCUGCUGGCUGCCCUAUCAUAUCUACUUCUUACUGCACCAGUUCUUCCCUGAUCUGUUUGAGCACCGCUACAUCCAACAGGUCUACCUGGCUAUCAUGUGGCUGGCAAUGAGCUCCACCAUGUACAACCCCAUCAUCUACUACUGCCUCAACAUCAGGUUCAGAGCAGGUUUCCAGCAGGUGUUUUGUUGCUGUGCUUCCACCGUCGCCAAAGAGGAGCUCGAGCUCAAAUCACCCCGCUACCUGCAAACACAGCAGUUACGGAGCAACAUUCAUUUGGAGUCGUGUUUCUGUCCACCUGGUGAAUGUGAGCAUAUAUCGAGCCAGUCGGAUGGAGACUGUUGUUUCCACUGCCGUCAACUCUGCAGCGGUGGAGAAAAAGAGGGCAGAGCUGCCAUCCUGCGGCACUCACAGCCGACCUCAUGUGGAGGUCACAUCCAACAACCCCGGCUCAGAGACGUUCACCAGGAGCCCGAACAGUCCCUCACAUUAGAGCGAACACCAUCAUGAGUCACUCAGUGUGGAAACAAAGUCCUGAUGUAUGACGAGCAGUGGCUCCAACCUGGCGUUAACGUCAUCUACUGUUGUACAGGCCAAGUGCAUUUAUUUAGCUAUGUUAUUGUGUUUCAACCAGCUAGCCAAGUGCAUUAAUAUGCCUGGAGCGUCAGUGGAUGUCUUGAGGAGAUGUCUUGAAAACAUAAAGUAGACGUGAACCUCAGACGCCCGAUAGCGGCAGUGGAAACACGGCAGUGCAACUCACACUGGUUUGCUUCAUCACUCAGCAUGUGUGCGGCGCCGACACUUGACCCCCGGCAUUCUCGGGCGAGUUUUGGAAAACGUGACCCUGCGCUUCCCUUGGCAACAGUGUCACGUCAAGUUGAGUUCAUAGCGAUGCUGUGUUUGUGUUGAGAGGCAGACAGACAGUGUGUGUGUGUGUGUGUGUGUGUGUGUGUGUGGGGAGAGCUAGCACCUGUUGGACAGGAUUAGCCCCUUGUUUUGACAAUGUGUAGAGCAGGGUUCAGUCUGCAGCAGCCAGGUCACAGGCCGACUAAAUAUAGAGGACGGGGCAGAGGAAAAAAGACACAUAUAGAAGGAUUUAUGAUGUGUUAGAGGAAAGAAGUGAACAAGAAAACAUGAGAAGCUUCACCACAGCGAGUGAUUUACUCAAGUACUAUACUUAAGUACAGUUUGGAGUAUUUCUAUUUUAUGCUACUUUAAACUUCCACUCC